UUGUUACAUGCUUUCACCGUAAGGUAGCAAAACAAAUCAGUAACUGAUACAGAUAAUAGCUUGUGUCAUAUGUAAUUUGUCUUUCAUUGUGUGUUGAAUGAAUUUAUUGGGUGAAGUUGACUACGAGAGGAAUGUAUACCGCAGGUCCCGUUUACUCACAGUGCGAUAAUUGAUUAUAAUAGCCACAGCUGUUGCAUAAACAUGGAUUUGAUGAAGUGGCCUAUCUUCAGCUUACUGGAAUCAGAUUUUGUUUCACAAAUAAGAAUGGCUUGUGUUUUUGGUAAUCUAGGCAAUGAAGCAAUUAUGGUGACUAAAAGUGAUGAAGUAUUUGCUGUUGGUUCAAAUUCUGCUGGCUGUUUAGGACUUGGUGAUUUACGAAGCACAUUAUUUCCAAAGAAAGUGGAAGCUUUGUGUAAUAAACUUGUAAAAGGCUUUGCAUAUGGAUGUGGCCCACAUGUAAUAGCCUUCACAGACAAUGGAACAGUAUAUUCUUGGGGCCACAAUGGUUAUAGUGAACUUGGAAUUGGUUCAUCAAAUCAGUGUUUAUCUCCAACUCUUAUUCUUCCAAAUGUUUUUGGUAAAAUGACUGUAGUGACAGAAGUGGCAUGUGGAACUCACCAUUCACUGGCUUUGACAAGAGAUGGAGAGGUUUAUGCAUGGGGACAGAAUAAUUGUGGACAAGUAGGUUCAGGAAUGAGCACCAAUCAGAGUGCUCCAAGGAAAGUGAAUUCUUUUAUUGGAGAAAAGAGGACCAUAUCUAUAGCUUGUGGCCAGACAUCAUCGAUGGCUGUAUUAGAAAGUGGAGAAGUGUAUGGUUGGGGGUACAAUGGGAAUGGGCAGCUUGGUGUAGGAAACAAUAUGAACCAGCUGAAUCCUGGCCGAGUACUUAACCUACAGGGUGUUAUUAUAAAAAGAGUUGUUUGUGGCUAUGCCCAUGCAAUGGCCCUUUCUGAUGUUGGUGGUCUCUAUGUGUGGGGAGCAAACAGUUAUGGACAGCUUGGAACUGGAAACAAAUCUAAUGUCAGUGCACCUGUACGUGUAGUGCCAGAAAUAGGAAGGAUUGUAGAUAUAGCAGCUACACAUUAUAAUCAUACAUCAGCAGCUAUGACACAGAAUUCAAAAGUGUUUAUGUGGGGGCAGUGCAGAGGUCAGAGCAUUAUAAGUCCAACAGAAACUCCAUUCACAUCUUUACAUGAUGUUUUUGCAUGUUUUUCAACACCAAGUGUAUCAUGGAAACCUAUGGAAGUAGAUUUGGAUGCUGGUGAAAAAAUUACAGACAGCUUGAAACUUGCUUUUGAUGAUUCAAGCAGUAGUGAUUUGACAAUUACAGUUAGUGGGAAACCAAUACAUGUACACAAAGCUGUUCUAAAAAUAAGGUGUCAGUACUUCCGAUCCAUGUUCCAAGAUCAUUGGGAGGAAGACAACAAAAGUGUUCUUGAAAUGGAUCAUCACUCAUAUCUGGUAUAUCACGCAUUUCUGCAGUAUUUGUAUACAGAUGAAGUAAAUCUCCCACCAGAGAAUGCUCUUGAAUUGCUUGAACUUGCCAAUGCUUACUGUGAGUUGCAAUUGAAAAAACGAUGCGAACAGAUAAUAAAACAAGGGAUAACAGUAGAAAAUGCUGCAUUGUUAUACUCUACUGCUAUCGUGUAUGAAUGUAAGGAAUUGGAAGAGUUUUGUUUCAAGUUUUGUCUGAAUCACAUGACAGCGAUAAUACAAACUGAAGGUUUCAACUCACUUGAAGAGCAGACAGUGAAGAAUUUUAUUCGGAAAGCAGCCACUUCUGGAGUUUUCAGAUCCUAGGAUAAACGUUAAAUAUGUGUGAUUGAAUUUUAGAUGCAAAAAGGGAAAAUUAAGAAAAUUACACAGUAAUGACUGUGUAAAUCCGAUAAAGUGGUCAAGACUGAAUGAAAGCAUAGUUUUAAUUGUCCAUAUGUUUAGAAAUGAAUCGAGUGAGAUGCUGGAGACAGUUGUGUAUGUAAGUAUUGGUUGUAAGAGUUAAGAACACACAUUUUUUAAAUUUCAGUAGAUUUAUGAUUCAUGUUCUUGGAUAUCGGCAGCCAGUUAUUUCUGAACACAUUUCAAUAACAGAAAGGUGUAGGGUUACGUGUUGGUCUUGAGCAAGAGAAUAAAUUACUUUUAAUUGCUCGUCUUUUCAGGUUUGCUUUUCGCAUGUAUUUAUAAGUUUGUGACUAUUUAAAUUCUUGUUGAAAUGAAGCAAAGAGCAAUGUAAGCCUUGAGAAAUCCUGAAAUGAUUCAGUUUAUUAGGUAAGCAGUAAAGAAAGCAUUGAUUUUUCAUAUUUUUCACGCUGUUGCUGUUAUAAUGAACAGUUACUGAUAAAUCAGAAGAAAUCUCAAAUUUUCGUAACUUUAGAUUAACCUGGCAUUGCCUGACAAGCUCCAGAAAGAUUGUUAUAUUUGUUAUUGAAGAAGUAGAAGUUUUUAUUUGCAUUUCCUUUACAGGACUUUUGUGUAUAUUAGAAUAUGAUUAUAUUUCCAGGUUAAAAUUUUAGUCAUGGAAUAAAUUUGUAAUGCUAUUUUGGAGUGUAGAAGUCUUAGUUUGUGAACCUGAAAAAAUUAAGUAAAUUUAAAUCGUGCAUUUUGUUCUAGUCUUAAAAUGCUUCUGGUUAAGAUAAUGAUGGACCAAAAAUCAACUAAUUAUAAACAAAAUUGGUUGUUACCAAAACAAUAUCAGGUUGAAAAUGUAUUACGUAAUGUUACGAAUUUAAUUUAACUUUUUUGCUGUAGUGGUGAAGUUCUUGUUGUGCUGCAUUUAUUUUUUUUCAAUGUAUCAUAAAAGUUUUCUGCUUGGAUUUUGAGUUUUUUUAAAUGGUCAGUUUGGUUGAUUUUUGGAUGUUCGACUUGGAUGUUAAUUAUGAAAAAUAUUUAGUGCUGAAAACAAAAUAAAUAUUUUAAGUUCGUUUCAUCCCAUUCGGUUUUCCACUUGUCCCAGUCUGUAUCUUUAUAUGUACAUUCCAGUUUUGGAAAUUUUAAUGUAACAAGAAUGUUUGUUGAUGUUAGAACCAAUGUUAAGGUGCGACUAAAUACUUGAAUUUGAUACUUUUACUUUAAAUUUCAAAAUAUAUGCUAGGAAAUUUUAUCUAAGGAAAAGUGCAAUACCAUCAUAAAUAAUUUUAUAAGAAAUGAGUGAUACGUUGAUGUUUGUAUUUUGUUAUUUGUUAUAUACACUUAAAGGCUACGUGAAAAAACAAAAAUUUAUAGAAACUACUCUGGAGACAGAACUUUGUUUGCUUAUUAGUUUUAGUUUGAUCAUCUGGAAAAUACAAAUGGUUCUGUAAGAUGGGAACUGUUAACAACUACUCGCCGCAGAAAUGUACCGUGUCCGAUGUUUUAGCAAUUUGAAGUUCAAUUUAUGAUUAAACUAAUUUUUUUAUUGCAGAAGUAAUUUAACGGUAUGUAAUAUAAUAUGUGGAUGAUCCUGUGAUGACCUUGAACUUUGGUUACUUUCAAUGGAACUACGAAGGCUGUCAAGAAUUAUUAUAAAGACUGACUUAUUUUUAUAUUAUGUCAAUAAAACUUUCAUGUACCUUUAGACAGUGGAAUAGUUACGUAUAUAGUCUGUGUAUUGUUUCGUUGAUGUGUAAGUAAGGUUUAAGGAACUUUGAAAAAACAAUAUUUGAAUUGUAUAUUUUAUUUGUAGAAUCUCUGCAUUGCACAGAAUAAUCAAAGGAAUGUAAGAUUUGAGGUUUUCACGGCAAUCAGUAUGAAGAUUUUUGUCUUCUGGGUUUUUGCGCUGUGUAGACUGGUCGAUGUUAACCAACGUUUCAGAGGUCAUACUGCCUCCGUCAUCAGG